CGCAUUCGCCCAGCACGCGGGAAGGCAUUAGGUUCAUUAAUGCCUUCGCUCGACACACGCGAGCUGUUGUACUCCGCCGCCAUGCCAGCCAUAGCAUUACCCGCGCGAUAUCGAGCUAAGGACAGAUCCGCUAGAAGACCACGAUUACUGGAGCCUAUACCAUCAACGCCAACUGAAGUAUAGAGUUGGUGGGACGCCUUUACAGUCAAUGUAGAGACCGUUGGUUGAUAGAACUCUGUGACCAGCUCAGAAUGACGGCCCGUUGAACGGAAGUUGAACUUUAUAUGGAAUCGUGUCUUUUCGGUUUGAAAUACGGAGUUCCUUCGAACGAGAGUUAAGCAUGAGCCAGUUUGGUGCCGCAUAUAAGACUUGUGCAAAUCACAUUCAUCCAGGGAUUAUGGUCUUGGGACUUCGAUUUGAGCAACCAACUAAAAUUACUUAGGAAUAGCGAAGGAGAUUCCCGUCACUCACAAUGCCAAACAUCGCCCACUCCAGAUGGGCAUUUGUACCUGCUUACAAGCCAAAGGGAGAGAACUCUUGUUUGAGACAACUCAAAUGAAGGAAAUUCGAGGUGGAUAUCUGCCUUUAGACUUGAAUAAUCACUAAGAACCUUUACCACUACCCGUCGUACGAGUCUUUCAUCUUAGUGAAACCUCAAGCAACCAAGCAUUGGAUAUGGACAACACCACCGAAGAACUUCCUUAUAACGUUGCCAUGUAUAUAUUCGACAAUGUCACAGUCAAUGGGCUAGACGAUAACCUGACAGACAAUGGUACAGGCAACACCGUUGAGAGACGAUAUACCAACCACGUUCCGAGAUACAAUGAGGGCAUCAUGAUCUUCAUUUGUUUGGUUUUGGGUUCCAUGAUCUUGGCGACCAUUCUGGGAAAUGUGUUUGUUCUCACCGCUAUUUUGAUAGAGAAAAGUUUGCAAGGUGUGUCGAACUACUUGAUUCUGUCUCUGGGCGUGACGGAUUUGAUGGUAGCAGUUUUGGUGAUGCCUCUGAGUUUGGUUAAUGAAAUUAGCAUUAACUGGUAUCUCGGCGGGGAGGUGUGUGACAUGUGGAUUUCAAUGGACGUGUUGUGCUGUACGGCGUCGAUCCUCCAUCUUGUGGCUAUAUCAUUUGACCGGUACUGGGCUGUGUCCAACAUAGACUACAUCAGAAGAAGGUGUGCCAGACAGAUUAUGCUAAUGGUUGUAAUUGUGUGGUUUGUCUCCGUGAGCAUCUCGAUCCCACCUCUUUUCGGUUGGAAAGACAACGUCGAUCCAGAUGUAACGGGACAAUGUAUGAUAAGCCAGGAUCAAGGAUAUACCAUAUUUUCUACAGUUGGUGCGUUUUAUUGUCCGUUGACUCUUAUGCUUGUGCUGAAUUUUAAAAUAUAUAAAGCUGCGAGGUCAAGAAUUCGGAAAAAGAAAUUCGGAGGAAGACCAAGGCCGGCGCCUGUGCCGGUAGUGCAAGUUGAAAAUACUGGAAACCCGUCACGGAACUCCUCCGGAAGUGACGUAAGCCAAGAUGGCUUCAGUAUGUUUAAUGGUUCCUGUGUAAAUAUGAACGAGAUCUCGCGGAUUGAAAGUACUAUUGAAGGACCAGAGGAAGCCCAAAAUGGCAAUGGCCUUCAAACAAACAAUGGCCUCUUAGGAACCAAUGGAAACUUCCCCCCAAAUUUCGGGCCAUCUCUUACAGUGCCUGGAAAUGUGUAUGUGUUGUCUAAAAACAGAUCAAACAAUAAUAGCAAAAGGGCAAGAAAUAGAGAGAAAGACAAACUUAGGAAAGAAAAAAUUGAAAUGAGGAGGGAAAGGAAAGCAGCUCGGGUUUUAGGAAUAAUCACUGGUGCUUUUGUUGUUUGCUGGUUGCCGUUUUUCAUCAUUGCUCUCAUUGCUCCUUUCUGUAAGGAAAGCUGUACGUUUCCUCCUGUCAUGAUGAGUUUCUUCUUAUGGCUUGGCUAUUUUAACAGUUUACUCAACCCAAUCAUCUACACAAUAUUUAAUCCAAGUUUUCGCACAGCAUUCAGAAAGAUAUUCUUCAGAAAGUUGAGACUGGUUCAAAGGUGAAGACUGUGAUUUUUUUACAUAUUGUUUUUGAUGAUGUUAAAAAUGGGACAGUUUCCUGAAGUCAAAACAUUGUCACAUAGCUUCUCUAUCAUUCAUCAAUAACUGUGAUCAUUGCAUUCAUAUGAUAUUUUAGAGUACGUGUUCAAUCGUGCAACGGCUGUUUUAGACCGACCCCUUUGUGGCAUCUGAUAACGGAAAUAUUCACGAUACGUAAGUGACGACAAAAAUAAUUUACAAACGAAAACGAUCGCAUUUUAAAAAGAAAUGUCAAUGUAUCUGAAUAUUUCUUCCCACGUGGUUUAAAACAUUGACAUGUUUUAUUUCACGUAAUCUGCUGCCACAGACCUAACUCCGUUGUACGAUUUAACUCGUUAUGGUUUUAAUGCGUUGCGUGUCUGUGAACGGGAAAUCUAUUUUGCAGUUUCAUGAGAACUCAUCCAACAUACGUCAUUCUGGCAAGGCGAUAUGAAUACAUUCGUGUUUCUGACUUCAAGAGGUUUUCCCAUUACCUGUAAAUAUGUGUCACCAUGUAAAUGUAAAAGCAUAUGUACUAUACCCUUACGUAUCACUACAAAUCUUAUUUUUACUGUAGCUUUCUCAUUUCAAUCAACCGGAAGUUAUACUGCGCAUGCGUAUCACGUCAUCGGCAAUACAUCCCAAUCUUCUAUUUUCUUGGUGCAUACUUUAUAUAUGCAAGGUCGUAACAUUUGGAUGCAUUCUAAUGCAAAUAAAGUACCAUAUACUUCAGAAAA